AAUACAUAUUUAAAUUAAGCCAUCAUCACCAUGAAUAUCGCCGAUAUUGAAAAAGUUGCUAAUCGAAAACGGAUUAACGCUGAAGCAGAAAAGUUACGAGAGAAAGUCAACAAGGAGACUGCUAAUAUUAUUAAGCUUAAGGUUGCCCAAGAUACAGCAUACUGGGACUUGAAAGAAAAACUUCAUCAACUCGAAAACAACCAUGAGCGUCUCCAGCAGAAUAUGGUUGAGGUGCAAAUGCAGCAUGAAGCCAUUUCGAGUCAAUACCAAGACGAGCUGAGACUACGGCCUGAAACAUUAGACAAGUUGGGCAGUACUCGUGAGAUCUGCGAUGUUCUAGAAGAAUACAGCGAGCGGCUUAAAGCAAGCGUGAACCGUUGCAAAAAUGACCAAGCAACGCUAGCUGAGGCUUAUAACAAAUCCAGCCAGCUUGUUAGAGAAAUUAAAGACAAGCAAACCCAGUGUGAAGAGAAGAACUUGCAGAUUAUCAAUAAUUUACAAGAGAAAGUAAAACUUCUUGCUGACCACAAGGAGCAAAUGUCCCAAGUAUUAACGUCAUCGAAACAGCAACUAGAUUCAGAGUUGAAUGAUGCUCGAACUAAACUUGCCACUGCUCUUAACCAAAAAGACGAGCUGUUCGUAGCUUUGAAUGACUUGAGCAGAAAGCUGGAUCAUACUAAACGUGAACAGGAAAAGAAAGAUGAUAAUAUCGCUAGCUUACAAUCAGAUAUGAAAAAAUGCAUUCUUGAAUACAAUAAUCACAUCACGGAGACGAAGAACGUUAACUCUCAACAAGAAAAAGUACUGAAAGAAUGUACGGCAGCCAACGAAUCUCUAAAGAAAGUGCUCCAGAACCAGGAACAAUUUACUCAGUCGAUUUGUGAUCAGAAUAAUAAGCUACAAGAGAAAAUUUCGAGUUUGGAAGAGGAACAGAUAUCCAGCUCUGAAAAAAUUAAAGAUUUGGAAACAAAGCUAGAGGAAUCCAAUUUGGAGUGUAGUAAACUGGUGAAAAAUAUUGAAGCGCUAAAUGAGAAAACAGAACACUUAAAAAAUCAGAUUGACGAGAAAAAAAUGCUUUUAGAACAAUCGUUGAUCGAACAACAAAACUUGAAAGGUCAAGUAUUGGCCCUGGAAGAGCAGAAAUCUGAUAUUGUCAUUGAACUCAACAAUGCUACCCAAGAAUUGGAAUUGAAAUUCGUUAAAAUUGAGGAAUUGACUUUAACCGUCCAAGACUUACAAGCUAAGAUAUCUGAAAUGGAAACUACCCUGGAGAACAACAAAGCCGAUAACGCGAACAAGAUCGAAGAGAUUAGUGUUAUUCUGGAAACCAAAGUAAAACUUAUUGUAGAGAAAGACAAAGAGUUGGAUUGUAAAGCAUCUACUAUCAACAAGCUCAUGUCUGAUCUAAAGAACGGUACUGACGCUAGGACUAAAUUAGAAAAUAAUAUCGAGAAAAUGAAGAAGGAUAUGGAAACUGACAGGGAUAUUACAAAAGAGAAGGAAAAUACCUUGACGAAGAAAAUAGAACAAAUGGAGAAUGCUGCUAAAGAAAGAGAAAUCGAGCUAUCGAAACAAAUGUCCAUAAUUUUGGAGACCCGCAAAGAAAAGGAUCGACUGCAAGAAAGGUUGAAAAGUAUGCAAAAUACAAUAGAUAAUAUCGAAAAAGAAGUAACAGGGCGCUCUGCAUCGCAAUCGACGCGCCAGCCCACUGAAUUAGAUGAUAAUGCAAGAAUGAUGAAGCCAGCACCAACAAUUAAGAGAGUUGGCACCCCUGCUCCGAAGAGUAUCCAGAAGCCAUCAGUGUCUACAGCGCCGAAAGAACAAUCUAAAAAACUAGACAGCGCACUCUAUAAAUUUUUAAGCGACAGCGAUAUGGAAACCGAGCUAAUGGCUGACCCAGCUCAAAUAAAUCGUCAUUUUGAUGCAAUGACGCGUGGUGAGAGAGUAUCGCCGUUGAGCUUUAAACGACGCGCUCCUUGUCCGGGAGCUCUUGAUGAAAUAAUAUCUCUGUCUCCAUUGAAAGAAUCAAAGAACAAACGCUCCAUAUUCAAAAACAAGCGGCCGGAAAACAAAGCCAAGAAAUCGAAGCACACCGAAUAAAUCAAUUCGUACAAUUUCUGGAUUACUCAACGAACUCUAAGUUAGAUUGGUUGGGUUGUUUUUUUCAAUAUUUUGUUUUAUGAUAUGUUCAGUGUUUAAUCCUUAUAUUUUAACCAAAUUAAUACUCAUUUUAAACUUGAACCAAUGUUGCAGGACCCCUGAACAUUAGAUUGAUUUGGUCCUAGAAUAUUGAUUGUUUUCCUUCUUUCUAAUACUUUAAAUGGAAUUAAGAUUAAUUAAAUUGUUACU